CUCUAGUAUUAUUUAAGGCUAGGCUUUACUAUUGGCACGCAUCGGUCAUGAGUCGGUGAUCUUGAGGUUCAUGUAUCCGACAGCCAUAAUUCCUUCUGUCACUGGUAAUUCUCAACCUUUUUGUCCUUAUAUUAAUAGCCAUAUUGUCUCUUUUUGCUCCUUUUGACUGCUCUACUAUGCCCGAUUGCCUCUAAUUCUUAAAUUCUGCCCCUUUUAAUGACUGCUCAGGGACCUAAAACCCGAAACGUCCCCAAAUUGACUUAAGUGGGUUGAGAACAAAAGUAACUCGGACAUUUUGAUCACUUAACCGCUUUCGUGUAACCUCAAGAGGAGAAUUUGGCGUCGACUCGACUCUCCAACCUCAAACCUCCAAAGCUCAUUUAUUUUUUAUUUUGUUUUCGAUCGUCAUUCUUUUCUCCUUCCUUCACAAUCUGCUGAGUAUCAUUGUAGUGCAAUACCCGUACUGACCAUGAUGAUGAAACACCUCCUCUUCCUCCCUCUGACUUCUCUCUUCAUUGCUGCCCCGACCCUGGCCCAGAAUGAAUCCACAUGCCAGGUCCCCAAGCCCAAUCUCCAAGUUGUUGGCAACGAGACUACUAUCGAGUAUCUUAUGGGAGGGGUCGGUUGGACCUCUGGCUUGGCGGACUACCUGACCGCAAGGAUUGGCCACCAGUUUGAUCCUCCCGUUUCCUUUGCCCAUACAAGUGCCAACAAAUACUUGAAGACACCUGCGGAUGAGGCUCCAGCCCUGGGUUUUGACUUUAUCUUCCAAAACGCGUAUGUUGUCUCGUGCGUGGAGUCUGAAGUCCAAGCUGUGCCGCUCGUCUCCAUGGUCAGUGCAAAGCAAGAGUUUGAUGGGGAGCUCAUCAAAGCAACUCAAAUCGGAGCCGUCUUGUACACCCUCAAAAACAGAACAGACAUUCAAACGCUCGAUGACAUCAAGGGCCGCAAAGUCGGAACCAACCAGAUCACAAACCUUGCCACUCAUCUGUGCUACGGAGUUCUGCUUAAGCAUGGAAUCCAUCAUCUUCAAGAUCCACAGCAGGUCGUCUACUUCAAGAACUCCAACAGUGCCCUUGAAGCUCUCUUGGAGGGCAAGGUAGAUGUGGCUUGUGGUGCCACUGCUACCUUGGAUUACUUCAUGACCGAUGAUGGAACCAGUGCCCGCUCCAAAGUCAAGAUUCUCAGCCCACGUCAAACCACCAUUGUCACCAGUGAUGGAGAGGAAAAAGAUUUCCCCUUUGCACACACCUCUGAACUUGUACCGGCCUAUCAGUUUGCGGCAUUUCCCCAUGUCCCCACUCCUGUCCAAGUAAAGAUCCAACAAGAGUUUAUGGACCUUGGUGACUAUGCUGCGGUGGCACCCUCUUUGAUUGAGUGCCGUGAAGCUAGGGGGUGUUUCGAGAACAACACUGCCUGUCUGGAAGACUGCUUCCGAGAACUUCCUCCUGGUUCAAUCAAGAACUGUGACACCACGCCGCAGUUGGCGCUGGAUGCGUAUGAAGCCAUGAAUGGUAGGAUGGUCACCUUUGACAAGCCCCGUAACAACUUUCGAGUACGGGAUAUUCAAGAAAUGACAGGGUUCCUGAACAAGGAGAAUCCAGCAAAGCCAGAAUGUGUCCGAAUGAGCAACAUUGUGGAUGCUGUCACUUGCCCUCCAGGGCAUUUUGCAAGAUCCAGUCUGGAGAUCCAACAAGAGUGCAAUGCUUCUGGAUUGGAGUGCUUUGACCGAGACUGUAUCUGCAACCCCUGUGUCAAGGCCUUUGAAGUGGAUUUCUUCCCUGUCUACGAAGAUGACAAAGAGGACAACCGUACCACCGCCAGUGGGAGUGGCAACGGAUGUUCCAAGUUUGCUCUUUGUGGUCGAAUCCACCAAGAACAUAGACUCUCCUUUCGAGCCAUUGAUAACAAGAAACGAAGCAACGCCACCAUGAGCGGGGUCUUUUUGCUAGAAGAUGAAACGGAGGAGCCAUUCUCCUUUGUCAAGGUGGAGCACUUUGAUGGGACGUAUGACUUCAAUGUUGAUCUCGUUGCUUCUCGGAUGACGGCAGGGCAGAAGACCAUCAAGAUUCGUAUUGACGAUGAGGAGAUCCCCGAGAGCCCAUUCCGCAUCGUUGUACUCAAACGAGAUUGCGUGGCUGAUACAGGAGAUGCCAAUCAGGUACCAGAUGACUACGGGGAGUGUGUGUGCAAGAGUGGCACAGUGGAUUUGUUCAACAAGUGUACACCCCUCGCAAUCUUGGUCCCCUGCAUUGUGGUUCCAGUGUUGGUGAUAUUCUUGUUGGCAGUUUGGUUGUAUGUCCGCCAUCACAGAGCCAAAGCGGACAGUGUUUGGAAAGUGGACCCAUCGGAGAUUCACUUUGAUGAUCCCCCCCAGAUCCUUGGGCGUGGGACGUUUGGAUUGGUUGUGUUGGCUGAAUUCAGGGGAACUCGUGUUGCAUGCAAGAGAGCAUUGCCGCCCACAAAAGAACCCCGAGGCAGGUCAAGCAGUUUAUUGGGGAGCACAGUAGAUGUCGGGUCAGAACAUCGAUUCAGGUCGAGCAGUGUAUUGGGCAGCCCAGUAGAUCUCGAGUCAGGUCAGUUUGUUUCCAAGAGCAAUGGGUCUGGUCAGUUCCGGGAUAGCAACGUGUCUUUGGCUGGCCCUGGCAAGAUGAGCAAGGGCUCUGGGUUUGAAAGCACCUCUUCUGCCACUCUCAAGAGCAACGGUGUCUUUGGGAGGACGGUAAAGGCUGCCAAAAUGAAAGACGAAUUUGUCAAGGAGAUGCGUUUGCUUUCAAAGCUCCGUCAUCCAUCUAUCACCACAGUGAUGGGAGCGGUUCUGUCUUCUGGGACUGAGCCUAUGAUGAUCAUGGAAUACAUGCACUUUGGUUCCUUGUAUGACCUGUUGCACAAUGAAUGCAUUGAGCUGGAAGGAGAAGUGCUCUUGGGAAUGCUGCAGGAUGUGGUCAGCGGCAUCCGUUUCCUGCACUCUUCCGACCCAUUGAUCCUCCAUGGGGAUCUCAAGUCGCACAAUAUCCUCGUUGACUCUAAGUUCAAAGCCAAGGUCGCCGACUUUGGCUUGUCAACUAGAAAGAGCGCCUUGAGCAAAGAUAAAGUCCGCGGCACACCAUACUGGAUGGCCCCAGAACUUCUUCGCCGUGAAACGACCAACAACAAGGAAACCGACAUCUAUGCAAUGGGUAUUGUAAUCUUUGAAGUCUUUAGUAGACAAGAUCCUUAUGCUGGUGAGGAAUACGACCAAGUCCUGCGCCAGGUUGCUGACAAGAAGACAAGCAAGCGUCCUCAUGUGCCCAAGAAUUGUCCUUCAGAGGUUACCAACCUGAUGAAGGCAUGCCUGAGAGAAGACCCAUCCCACCGUCCAACUGCUACGGAAUUGGAUAUCAGCUUCCGCACGCUUGAUGCUGCAAACAUGAAGACAUUUGAUGAAGCAUCAGCUCAGAAGAGGAAAACCGAUUCAGCUCGUACAGAUAUACUGUUGGAGGACAUCUUCCCUCCACACAUUGCACAAGCGCUCAAAGAAGGCCGCAAGGUUGAGCCUGAAACGCAUGAGGAGGUCACAAUCGUCUUCUCCGACAUUGUAGGAUACACGGACAUGUCCAGCAGUAUGCCUGCUACCAAGGUAUCGGAUCUCCUCGAUCGUUUGUACAAUGCAUUCGACAGCUUGUGUGAACGUCUUGACAUUUUCAAAGUCGAAACAAUUGGAGAUGCAUACAUGACAGUCACAAAUCUAGUCAAGCCGCAGCCCGACCAUGCAAGCCUCGCCGCAAAGUUUGCUAUUGAGGCUAUGCGCGUGGCAUCAACUGUCCCAAUCGAUGUUGAUAACCCAUCUGCUGGAUUCGUUCAGCUCAGAAUGGGCUUCCACAGUGGGCCCGUGGUGACACAUGUUGUUGGCACAAGGAACCGCCGCUAUAGUUUGAUUGGAGACACCGUCAAUACCAGUUCUCGCAUGGAAAGUAACUCAAAGCCAGGCAGAAUCCUUUGUUCUGAAAGCACACAUCGGCUUCUUUCCAAGGAUCACUCUGACUUUCGGGUUUUGGAACGUGGUGUGAUUGCAGUCAAGGGCAAAGGGGAGAUGCGUACCUUCUGGGUUGAGCCGCGGGAUGGAACAGAGUUGAGUGAGCGUCCGGAACAACCGCUGAGGGCUAGCAAAGUCACUUUCAAGGAUCACACCUCAGUUACAUCCACAUUGAAGGAUCACUCAUCAUCAUCAAUUGACGUUUAGGCGGGGGCCAGACUUCGAGGGAUUGGAAUGUGCCCUACUUUCAUCAGGCAGACGCGACGUUGCUGCUGCAUACAUAAACAAUAAAUCUAAUAAGGAUGUAUUCUGAUUGUGUCUAUGUCGAGGACGCCUUGCAGAAGACGAUGCCAAUGAUCUGAUCGUGCACGACGUUAUCAUCUACUAAAGAGAUAACGAGGCAGGUGUGUAUUUGUGGCGUUCAUCGAAGCCUCAUCAGGCCGGGAUUCGCAGGCGCAUCGCUCGGUUGAUCGUGUGCCAGGCGUCGUCGCUCCGUUUUCAGCUACCGUUCCACAGCAGCCAGCAAGCCCUACAUCGUACAUCAAAUGUUCUGACUACAUGUAGUUGCGCCCCAAAGUUAGGAGUGACAGCCAAAGUCAUCAAGUCACUGUGAAUCGAAGAAAGGAAGGGGGCAAGCAUUGGUUGCACUAAAAUACAGUACAAUAAACUACUAUAGCUAGGCUCAGGU